UGGGAAUUAGGGUUAGGGUUUCUUACUCAUUCAUCUCUCUCAAAGCAACACACAAGCAGUGAAAAUUUCGCAGACUCAUACCAAUGGGAGGAGCUUUCGACGUUGGAGCCGUUCCUUUCAACCCCGAUGGAUGGGGCCCAAUGGAAUCAACCACCGUCAACAACAACAACAACGUUCCAUUCGCCCCUUUCUCCCGUUCCGACAAACUAGGUCGAAUCGCUGAUUGGACUCGUAACUUCAACAACGCUACCCGAUCCAAAAACCCCGCCGAUUCCGCCUUUGAUUUCACCCUCGAUGAUUCCUUCCCUGCAUCCGCAGAUGAUGACGCAACCUUCCGUCUCGUCGACGGUAAACCACCACCGCGUCCCAAAUUCGGCCCCAAAUGGAGAUUCCAACAACAACGACAGCUCCCUCAGCGUCGCGACGAAGAAGUCGAAGCGAAGAAACGCGAAGCUGAAAAGGAAAGAGCACGCCGCGAUCGUCUGUAUCAUCAGAACCGUUCAAACAACAAUCGACGUGAAGCUGCUGUUUACAAAUCGUCGGUUGAUAUUCAACCGGAGUGGAACAUGCAUGAUCAGAUCCCAUUUUCGACGUUCUCGAAACUUUCAUUCAAUGUUCCUGAACCUGAAGAUCUUCUCUUUUGUGGUGCUCUUGAGAAUUACGAUCGUUCAUUCGAUCGAAUCACUCCUAAGAACGAACGCCGCCUCGAGAGGUUUAAGAAUCGUAACUUCUUCAAGGUUACCACCACUGAUGACCCUGUUAUUCGCAGGCUUGCUAAUGAGGAUAAAGCAACUGUUUUUGCAACCGAUACUAUCCUUUCUACUCUUAUGUGUGCUCCUAGGUCUGUUUACUCAUGGGACAUUGUUGUUCAGCGUGUUGGGAACAAGCUUUUCUUUGAUAAGCGUGAUGGGUCACAGUUGGAUUUGCUUUCUGUUCAUGAGACUUCGCAGGAGCCUUUGCCUGAAGCUAAAGAUGAUAUUAACUCUGCUCAUUCUUUGAGUGUUGAAGCUGCUUAUAUCAAUCAGAAUUUCUCUCAGCAAGUUUUGAUUAGGGAUGGGAAUAAGGUUACUUUUGAUGAGGCUAACCCUUUUGCUAACGAGGGUGAAGAGGUUGCUUCUGUUGCUUAUAGGUAUAGGAGGUGGAAGCUUGAUGAUGAAAUGUAUCUUGUUGCUAGGUGUGAGGUGCAUAGUGUUGUUGAGCUGAAUAAGCAAAGGUCAUUCCUUACUUUGAAUGCUUUGAAUGAGUUUGAUCCUAAGUAUUCAGGUGUUGAUUGGAGGCAGAAGUUGGAGACUCAAAGGGGUGCUGUUUUGGCUACCGAGCUAAAGAACAAUGCUAACAAGUUGGCUAAGUGGACUGCACAGGCUCUUUUGGCGAGUGCCGAUAUGAUGAAGUUGGGUUAUGUGUCUCGAAUUCAUCCACGUGACCAUUUUAAUCAUGUUAUAUUGGCUGUGGUUGGAUAUAAACCUAAGGACUUUGCGGCACAAAUUAAUUUGAACACUACCAAUAUGUGGGGGAUUGUGAAGUCUAUAGUGGACUUGUGUAUGAAAUUGAAUGAGGGGAAAUAUGUUCUUGUGAAGGAUCCAUCUAAGCCACAGGUUAGGAUUUAUGAGGUUCCAGCUGAUGCAUUUGAGAAUGACUAUGUGGAGGAGCCACUUCCGGAAGACGAACAAGUUCAGCCUACUGCAGAGGGUGCAGAGGGUACUGAAGGUGGAGAGGAAACUGCUACAACGAAUGAUGUAGAAAAUAAGCAGAUUGAUGCUCAAGCUUAAAAGGUCUUGUUUAUCGGAGAGUUAAUUAACGGCUGUUGGUUUGGAAACAGAACUGCAACUCUGAAUCAUUUAUACUUCUCCACUGCUAUUUGUCGUCCAAAAUUUUGCUAUUUAAUUUACCUUGUGACAUUUAUCUAGAUUUUUACUUUUUUCAUAUGAAUACUUUUGAGUUUUUGCCAUGCUACAGCAGUUUAUGGUCUAUAAACAUUGGCAUAUUUAUGUUGAACCAUGACGUUUCAAAACUGUAUCAUGCUUGUGAGUUGAUCAUUCUAGAAUUGUGGUAAGGAUUAUUUGCGAA